AUGGCCGCAACCAAUCUUCGAUUCAAUUUCCCAAAUAGCACCUCCCCUGUGCCUUUCGAGAUUAAAGUCGAUAGUGAUCUCGUCCAGCUGGCAAAGGACAGGGCGGCUACCUACCGUGUUUCUCAUGGGCUCUAUUCCGAAUGGUCAAAUGAAGGGGCUCCUGCUGAGUCGAUGGCCAGUCUUGCCAAGCACUGGGCGGAUUCCUAUGACUGGUCAGCUGUGGAGGAGCGAAUCAACAGCAAGUACAACCACUUCGCAACGACUGUCCCUGGCAACAGAGACUACACCGACCCAAUCCCUCUUCAUUUCAUUCAUCACAAGUCUGCCAACGAGAGCGCCGUUCCUCUUCUGUUUCUCCAUGGGUGGACUUCCACGCAUCUUGAAUGGGUGGAACUCAUCGAGCCUCUUACUGAUUCGUUCCACAUCAUCGCACCUGAUCUACCUGGUUACGGAUUUAGCCCAGCGCCAACCAAGCCAGGCCUGGGGCCUCGUGAGAUGGGUAUCGCCUUCGACGCAAUGAUGAAGCAGCUUGGUUACGAAAAGUAUGGCUUGGUGACAAACGACUUGGGAGCUAUGGUCGGAGAAUGGAUGGUCACCGAUGUCCAGACCAGCAUCAUCGGCCAUUUCUGCGAUUUCCUCCUCUCAAACCCCACACCUGCGGACCUGGAGCGCUUUGCCAAGAAUGAGACGACGACGGAGGAGAACGAAUACCUCGCUGUGAUGAACGAAUGGAGCAACAACCACUUCGCGUACUCGACAAUCCAUGCCCAGAAGCCGCUGGCGCUGUCUCACUCCUUCGCGGACAGCCCGGUUGGCUUCGCAGGGUGGAUAUGGGACCUCAAGCACGUUGCUAGUGACGGCUAUGCCUAUUCACUCGACGACAUCAUCACGGACUCGUUCUUGCUGUGGAUUCAGGAACCAUAUACCUCCAUCCGAGCCUAUCUGGAGGUCUUCAAGCCUGAGAACUGGGCAUUCUCCAAGACAGAUGUUCCCACAGGCGUUACCCAGUGGGGAAACAUCAAUGGACCCUUCCCCGAGCUUGCCAAGUACCCUCUGGCCCCACGAGAGUGGUGCGAGAGAAUGGCAACAGUCGUCUUCUUCAAAAGAUACGAGUAUGGAGGCCAUUUCCCUGCCCUCAGCCAGACGGCUCUAUACGCCAGCGAUGUCAAGGAAUUCUAUGGCAGCCUCCAGAAGAAGACUGAUGCUUGA